CUCAGCUGUAACCCUUGCAGCACCUGCACUGCUGGAGACUCUUCUGAUGCUGGUCAGCAUGGGCGUGCUGGGGGACUGACUGAGAUGGUGGCGCUCUUUGCCUGGGUGCCUGAGAUUAUAAGCUCUAUUCGACAAGCUGGAAAAAUUGCUCGUCAGGAAGAGUUUCAGAAUAAUCUCUCAGAUGUUGAAGAUCCUUUUGCCAAGAAGUUUGAGGUGCUGUUCUGUGGACGGGUGACAGUAGCACAUAAAAACGCACCUCCAGCACUCAUAGAUGAAUGCAUUGAGAAAUUCAAUCGUGCAAGUUGUACAAAAAAAUCAGAUUUCAAUUCAUCAUCCCAACAACAUGAAACUGCCAAUAACUUUGGAGGCUUCUCUCUCAGCAACAAAUUUCGGUCUGUCUUCCAGCCCUUGGUCAGUGAAGAGGAGGAGAAAAGGCCAAUUAGGAAAUCCUUUUCUCAGCCUGGGCUUCGUUCCUUUGCUUUUAAGAAGGAUUUGCAAGAGGGAAGCCAAAGGAGUAACAGCUUUGUCAGAUCUUUUGAAGAAGAUGCAAUUUCACUGAACCUAAAAAGUCAACUUGUCUAUGGACACAGUGUUGUGCAGCCAACAGACAUUGCAGAAAACCGGACGAUGUUGUUUACGAUUGGCCAGUCUGAAGUUUACCUUAUCAGUCCUGACACAAAAAAAGUAGCAAUUGAAAAAAGCUUUAAAGAAAUAUCCUUUUGUUCUCAGGGAAUUAGACAUGUGGAUCACUUUGGGUUCAUCUGCAGAGAGUCUUCAGAAAAUGGAGGCUUCCACUUUGUUUGCUACGUGUUUCAGUGUACAGAUGAAGCACUGGUUGAUGAAAUCAUGAUGACAUUGAAACAGGCUUUCACCGCAGCUGCUGUGCAACAAACUUCCAGGGCACAACCCCAGCUCUGUGAAGGAUGUCCUAUGCAAAGCUUGCAUAAACUCUGUGAAAAGAUAGAAGGGUUACACCCUUCUAAGACUAAACUAGAACUACAAAAGCAUCUAACAACACUAAAUAACCAGGAGCAGGCCUCUGUUUUUGAAGAGGUUAAGAAAUUAAGACCAAGAAAUGAUCAAAAAGAGAAUGAGUUGGUUAUCUCUGUUUUGAGAACCAUGUAUGAAGAAAAACAGAAGGACCAUGUUCAUGUUGGAGAAGCAAAACAGACUUCACAGCCCUCUGCUGAGAAUGCUGUAAAUGAGGUGCCCAGCAGUGCUCCAAGAUUCAGAUUAGAUAUGUUAAAGAACAAAGCAAAAAGAUCUCUGACAGAAUCAUUUGAAAGUAUUUUAUCACGUGGCAGUAAAGCCAGAGGUCCGCUGGACAGUUCUGGUGCUGUGGAUUUGGACAGUUCCAUGUCCAGUACCUUAAGCAGCACAAGUAAAGAACCACCACUGUGUGAAAAGCAGAAAGACAGACUUCCUACGCUUCCUACAGAAAACGCUGUCAAGACCAGUGGAUCAGUGGGUGAUCUCUCCAGCGACGCAGAUGAUUCUCCUAUUGAGCAGUCUGUUAUGUUACCUCAGCAAAGCUUUCGGAGGCGAGCAAACACACUGAGUCAUUUGCCAACAGAAAGCCAGGAAUCUCUGGGACCUGUUGAAACAUCACCGUCUGUUCCGCAGAGGAAACUUAUGAGGUAUCACUCAGUGAGCACAGAGACUCCUCACAAAAGAAAUUCUUCUGGUCAACUUGCACGUUCUCCUACUCUAGCUCGUCUUAAUCCCUCGGCCUCUUCACCCAACUUUUUUAAAUAUCUGAGGCAUAAUUCAAGUGGAGAACCAAGUGGGCAUUUUGCACAAAAGAGCAUCUCCUACCGUACUGCCUUAAGGAAAAAGCUUCAUUCUUCCUCUUCUGUGCCAAAUUUCUUAAAAUUUCUGGCUCCUGUAGAUGAAAAUAACACCUCUGACUUUAGGAGCACAAGCGACUAUGAAUCCAAACACAGCCCGCAGGCCAUUGGUGCAGACAGCCCUGUAAAGACUCGGCGGCAUUCAUGGAGGCAACAGAUAUUCCUGCGAGUGGCAACCCCUCAGAAAGCGUGUGAUUCUCCCAGCCGAUAUGAUGAUUACUCCGAAUUGGGAGAACUUCCACCGAGAUCCCCAUUGGAGCCAGUGUGUGAAGAUGGCCCCUUUGGGCCAGUGAAAGAAGAAAGGAAACGGACAUCCCAUGAGCUUCGCGAGUUGUGGAAGAAAGCCAUUAUUCAGCAGAUACUGCUCCUCAGAAUGGAGAAAGAAAACCAGAAGUUACAAG